AUGAUUAACACCGUACCCGCCGUUUUGGCCCUUGCGGCCUUCGUCCCUCUGGCAUCUGCCCACAUUGCCUUCUGGGACAAGUCCAUGUACGGUUUCAACGUCACCCAGCAAGACUACUCCUACGACAACCGUCCCGUCACGCCCCUCGUUGGCUAUACAUUUGAUCAGUGGUGGUUCCACGGCCACUUGGACCACCCCCCUCUCCCUGGAGACACUUUCGACCUGCCUGCCGGCGGUACCAUCAACAGCCAGUUGUCUUGCGACAAAGGCGCCACUGUGUGGUACAACUCCUCCUCAGGAGGCGACGCCGGCUACGGCUCGAACUGGCCAUGCCCCGGCCAGCAGUCGUCCCAGUUCCACACGACGGGCAUCGACGACGUGAUGGGCUGCGCGCUCGCGAUCGCGUACAAGGGCAACGGAAGCGAGGUGCAGCCCGACGACUUCACCAUCUUCAGUGUGAACCAGACGUGCGUGUGGUACCUCAACACCGAGUUCGCCGUCCCCGCCGAGAUGCCUGCGUGCGGCCCCGAGGGAUGCACGUGUGCCUGGUUCUGGAUCCACUCGGACAAGAGCGGUGCUGAGCAGAUGUACAUGAACGGCUUCUCUUGCAACGUCACCGGCGCGACGGGCACCACACCCAUCGGCAAGUCCAUGCUGCCCCGCCGCUGCGGCGCAGACUCUGACCAGAACGAGGCCGCCAACCCCGGCAACUGCACGAUCGGGCCCAAGCUCCCGAUGUACUGGAUGCAAGCCGAGGGCAACAACAUGAACGAGGGCUACUACAUGCCGCCCGUGUACAACGACAUCUACGGCUUCCACGACGGCGCGCAGGACGACAUCUUCCAGGACGCGUACGUGUCCUCGCUCGGCGCGAGCCAGCCAGGCGUCGUCCCGAGCGCGACCGCCGCGGCGAACCGUCGCGCGGAGAUCCCCGAGCCUGUCGUGACGCCCCCGCCGGCCUCGCUCGUGCGGCGCCACAAGCGCACGCUGGCGCACGAACACUCGCACUGA